CGAUGUCUAGCGCUGCGGUGGAGAGCGAUGGCACAGCGGUGCAGAGCGAUGGCGCAGCGGUACAGAGCGAUGGCGCAGCGAUGGAACACGUUACAAUGCAGCGAUAGCGAUAGCGAUGGCAGCGAUGGAACAGCGAUAGCGAUGGCGCACCGGUGGAGAGCGAUGGCGCAGCGAUGGAACAGCGAUAGCGAUGGCGCACCGGGGUACCUUUUUGGGCCAGUUGUUUUCAUGCGACCCACUUGCGUUCCAGACGCUGGGGGAGCGGUCAACGUUCUUCCUCUUGGUACCAUCGUCUCGUGCGCCAAGACUCCUGGAGGUUUGCUCAAGCUGCACACUAACGGCUUGUACGACGAGUGCAGACCACCUCUCAGAGGUGUUAAGGGUAUGCUGGUGAUCAUCAAGAGUUUCGCGGGGUGCGGCUCGAACAUGACGUUGUGCUCUCACUUCGAAGGCCUUUACGAUGGCGGCAACAAGCGUCUUCCAUCGCCAGAGCAAUAUCUCGAUUUUGCACUGAUGGUGCCGAAAGAACGUCUGGUUCUUUCGCGAGAACAAGUUUUUCGGCUUCUGCCACCUCAUGAGGGGUCGUCCGGCUUGGCUCAAGAAACUCCAGGUACGGCAGUGGAGCGCGGGAGUCCGAUUCAAGACGCUGGGGGUCGGGUCAAGGGGCGUGCGCGCAACGUUCACACGCAGGUCACAAUGCUCCUGGGAACACGUCGGACUUGCAUUCUCAGGGUACAGGGACUCAACGGGUCGGUACUCCGAAACUCAUCAAGGUCCGCUGCGGCGGCGACACGUAUUCGCUUCGAGAUGAGUCGAGAGGAGAAUCCGGCAGAUCGGGGCAAGAUGUCGGAGGGAAUGAGGCUGAAGGGAUGGGCGAUGUCCGUGAAAGCUCUGGCAGGGAGAACACUCCUUCGGAGAAGAAGCGCGAGCGAUAGAGGAUGGGUUCACAAAGAUGUCUUCAAGCCAGAGGACAAGGACAAGUACUACUAUUACCCUGUUAACGGACAACACACUGUGGCUGCUGUCAAGGAGUUGGAGGGUGAGCCAAUAUUCGAUUUGUGGAAGAUGCACACGUGGCCGGCGAGAGUGGUGUGGUUCUCCGACCGAGAUUUCGCGGGGUAUAGGCAGGUCAGUCUUAACGAGAACACGAGACACAAGAUGUCUAAGCAGCGAUCGCAGAAGGCAGCGUUCUUGGACAUGCGGGAGGCAUGGGAGAAUGAAGGAAGGCCGAUGGCCAUUCAAGGGAACCCUUCUAACAAAGAGGCCGAAAAACAAAAGUUUUUCGAAUUCCAAAAGCUGAUUUUGGGAAAGAGUCCGAACGAAUGUCACUGGUCGUUGUCAAAAAAAUGUUCGUCGCUCGCCGACAAGGAGAAUGUCGCUGCCGUUGGCAAUGCAUUAAGGCAGUGGAUGCCGCUCGUAACGGCCGGUGAUGACGUUUUCCGCAAUGCCAUGGAGUUCUACGCGAAAUGGGCGGAGGGGAAGUUGUUGGGCGGCGACGGCAAGACGCCAUUAUCGAGGCCGAGCAAAUACAUGCCAGACAAAUCUCCGGGUCUGCAAGCAAUUCCGGAAAUGGGCUCGAAAGGGGCGGCUGGUGAAAGGAAGAUGGGGUGGCUGGUCCGGGUCCCGCCGCCUCCGACCAAAAAGAAAACGCAAGCGGACGACAAGUUUUUCGUGGUCGUGAAGGAGCCAGACAUGUUCUGUUGGCAGUGUCUCGCGGACAUGACCGAUGUCGAGAAACUGUCGAUCCUUGACGACAUUCUCGCGCUAAGGGGAGUGUUCGUGCAAUCCGCGGGCGGCCAUCUGAAGCGUCAACAUAAACCUGGAAUUAAAGACAUGGUCGCGACGAGGAAAGUGGACCGUGUGAUGCUCCGUAUGUUCCACUAUAUCUUGUUCCUUGAAACGGAGGAGGACGAAUGUGUUUGCCGCCACAGGAGCCCUUUUUUUUCAGACCGAGGGGAAGCUUCUGGAGGAGUUCGGGCCGCAGGGCCUCACGAAACAGGUGUGGGUCGAAAUGCGAAAGCAUUUCCAGGGCGCAGUGGAGUACGUGAACACUUGCAAAUGUACUCUUCUGCACGAGAAGGAGUCCAUCGACGACGCGAAAAAUUUGUCCGUUCCAUCUUGCGACGGACAGAAAAGAAGUUUGAGACACUAUCAGGUUUCUUGAAAGGCAUGUCCAGGCUUAGCGUCCAUCAUGUCAAGGCAGGGAAGUGGGUGCGCAAUGCACAAAAGCAGGCCACUGUCCGGGAAGGCAAUAUGCUGGUUGAGGAGUGUGACCGCCUGUACGUGAUUUUUAAUGGCGAAAAGCUGGAAGACAACACAUUCGCAGUCUACCCGGCCAGUAGCCCGACAAAGGUUUCUCGUGCUCAUGGUCCAAGUUCGGCCAAACACACGGUGACGGGCCGCUCGAAAGCUGUGUGUUCGUCGGACCCAUCAGGACAGGCUGUGGCGUGUUUCGACGUGGCGGAAGAGGAAAGGUUCUCUCGUAGCAUGUGGGAGGACGGCGACAUGACAAGUUCUCAAGGACCUGCUUACGGGGAGAUGGAGCGGAACCCGUUCCGUCUACUUGGUCUACUCGAAAACUUUUGCAAAGCUGGGCAAACUGUUUUUUUCUUUGGGAAAGCGCAUGCCUCUGUCGUGUGGGAACUCCUCCGCACCGGUCAGAACGUCGUCGCGUUGGAGAAGGAGGCGAAGAUGAUCGAUUACCUUCACGAGUUCGUGAAGGCACGCGUUGCAGACACUCGCAAUGCUUGCGACUUUGUCCAGACCAUCGACGAAAGAAACUGGGAUCCCAGACGUGACAUGUAUUGGACAAUGCCGGGGAACAAAAGGACGGAGGUUUGGGACUUCCUUUUCCAACCCGGACCGCCUGGUUCGACCGACCUCGAAUACAGUCGUCGGGAAAACCUGGUGUUCGGUGUGCUCAAUGGGUACCACAAUGUACCCAGGGAGUCUGUCUCGCGUUUCCUGAAAAGGCUGGAGCACGUUUACUUCACGCUGGCCGAACCGUUCACCCUGGAAAACUACAAGUCACAGUUUGACAAGGAGGACCCUUUCGACGCUGAAGACAUGGAGGAGCUGAGCGACUCGGAAACCUUCGAUUUCGAGUCCAUGCCACUUCCUCGGGUGGUUGGACAGCAUCCGGGAGGGGGUGGAGGAGGAGACGAAGGAGACGGCGGAGGCGGCGGAGGAGACGGCUCACAGUUUGUCGGAAAGGGGACAGGCGAGACAUUGUCGGUGGAGAAGGCGUCCGACGGAAAGGGGUCAGGCGGAAAGGACUCGGGCGGAAAGGGGUCGGGCGGGAAGGGGUCGGGCGGGAAGGGGUCGGGCGGAAAGAGUAGAACGUCUGGGAGUCCCCAGUAUAUGGAAAUUGACCCUCACUGCGUAGGGAGUCGAGAUUCCGACAUGCGAGAUGAGGCCACCCUGACGACUGAUCAAGUGCGAGUAGAUUCGCACUUGUCUGCGAGGACUUUGUUUCUUGUUGCCGAGGAGAGUCCAUCUCGCCGUGCGCAGCAGAGGUCUCCUGUGCUCAACACCUUGCUCUUGAAAGAGGGCGCGUCUUCGUUUUGCCUGGAGGGAGGGAUGCCUGCGUUGCGAAGGAGUGAAGACUGGCGGUCUCGCGACGUGUUGGAGGGACCCCCUGCAGGAGUGUUGGAUACCGGCGUUGGCAAGUACGAACGUCACACUCCUUGGGAAGAGGAGCGCUCUACGGGAACGCGUGCUGUACAUCAGGAAGAGGAGACUCAACGCUGGCGGUCUCGCAAAGUGUUGGAGACCGGGGGUGGCGAGUGUGAACGUCAUGCUUCGGAGGGCGCGUCCGUGGACACUGACAGCGAGAGUGCAGGAGCUCCGGGGGAAACACAUGCUCUACAGCGGGGAGAGGAUACUCGACACGGGCUGGCUCGUGAAGAUGUGAAGUGGCUCCACGGACGAGCGCUGGUGAUCGGGACGUCCGAAGAGGUUCUGCACACUCGUUCGGCUGUGGCUACGACGCGAGAGGGUGUCGUUAAGGGAGGUCGGUUGCCAUCUGUGCAAGAUCCCGUUCUUGGCGAGGAUGAAGACGAAGAAGAACCCGCGGUGGAAGCUGAGGUUCAUGGCGAUGAGAAAGGCGGAGAACCCGUGGUGGAAUGCGGUGAGGUGAGUGUCGACAUCCAAACGGAUCCACAACGAAAAGAUGGUGAUUCUUCGCCCAUCCGUUGCGGUGAAGAGCAGGGUGGUCGACCGUGUGUUUUAACCACCGCUCGGGGAACGGUGCUUCAUGAAGCCAUACAGUUGGGUAACGACUCGGCAACCACCGAGCUGGUUAGCGACUCAGGCGUGGCCGAGAUGCAGAACGUUGUCGAUACAUUUGUGAUUCGGACUCUGGAUGUUAAUUGCCUGCGAUUGUAUACAUAUAUGGCUGAGGGGAGCUCCACAGCUGUUGUCAGCAUCAUGGCAGAAGAGAGCGGUUUGGCCAGGGUUCUGCGUUGGAGGAAUUCGUGCCAAAUGAAGGUGUCGCUGCGCGAGGCAGUGCAGGAGUCGAUGCCUCCAGAUCUCCGUGCGCGGUUGUUUCAAGGAAGGAACUUGUCCAGCUUUUUGCGGGAUUUCCGGAAAUUUUGCCUUAUGAAGAGGUGGGACGAGAAGGCGAUGUGGUACAUGUUCCCCUUGUUCGUCUGUGAGGGACUAAGCGAGGAGGUAUACGCCCUCAAGCAAAAGGCGAAGACGUGGAAUGAGCUAGAGAGUUCCAUAAGGCUAAGGUUACGAGAAGACGGAGUAGAAGGUCAACGUGGGGACUGCUCGUUUACACUAGCUGCGGGCGCGCCAUCACAGGCAGAGUUAAGCGGCCUGCAAAGGCAGCCCAGGCCAGGCAUUCUGGCCGGCGCUGGGAAUGGCGGAAGUGCUGCUGCGCUCUCACUUGAUGUUGCGCCCUCACUUGAUGCUGCGCUCUCACUUGAUGCUGCGCUGCUGCCAAGGGCGCUGACGGGGCGCGAGAGGUUGCUUAAGAAAGAGGCAAUCUGGCAAUGGGACAAAGACUGUACGUCUGCGCUGAAGAGGCUGAAGCGCGCAUUGAUAGAGUACCCUGUCCUCAAAGUAGCUGAUCCGUCUUUGCCUUUUGUCGUCACCACAGGCGCGAGUCAGUAUGGGAUAGGUGUCGUGUUGCAGCAAGAUGACCGCAAUGGUUAUAGACCCUUAGAGUUCAUGUCAGCGAGGAUGCCCUCAAAGAAGGUAGCCACCUUGACGUACGAGAGAGAACUCUGCGCUUUCAGGCAGGCUCUAGAGCACUGGAAGCAUUACCUGCUUGGGAGGCACUUCAAAGUGUAUUCCGAUCAUGAGACCCUAAAGACUCAGGCCAAGAUGACACCUAAGUUGACUAGGUGGGCCGCAGAGAUAGACCAAUAUGACUUUGAGCUUAAGCCAGUGAAGGACAAGUACAACGUAGUAGCGGACGCUCUGAGUAGGAGAUCAGACUACUUUGGAGCCAUAGUACACUAUCUGGAUAUAGGGAGACCUGCAGGAGAAGGUGAAGCAAGCCUUCGACAGCAACAACGACGUGUGGCUGGCGGGACGACGGCGUCGUGCUGCGGAAAAGGGCCCGGCGGCGGCGGAGGCCACGUCCAGAGGGCUCCCUCAUCUGCUCCCGCAGCGUGUUGUGCUUCCAUCGCCGUGGACCUUUGUGCACGUCGACUGCGCGUUGCUCUUCGCUUCCGUGCGCGGGGUUGUGAGCGGAGAAAAGGGGCCAUCUUCUCAACGGACGUGUUCGGGACCAUCGUCCGGCGCGGGAGGACGAGACAGACGGCAGCGGAACGACGGGCUAUGGAGGGCGGCGCCGCAGCUAGACGUGAUGUGUUGAGUCAUGGUGAGCUGCCGGCGGUGGCGGCGGCCGUGUCGACGAUCGUUCUUCGAUGUCAGCAGGAGAGGGCGUUGGCGCGACUGAAGGAGCAUUUGCGCGCGCGUAGACGGAGGACAUUGACGCAAGAUCCGCACAAUGGUGCCGAGUUCGUGGCGACGUCGGAAGCUGUUUUUCAGCUGUGCUAUGCGUUGGGCUGCGGAGUGAUACCCCGCGCGAAGCCGCGGUGGUGGGUGAAGCGCAGGACAGGAGGAACGUGGGAAGACCUCAGGCUAUGCGACGACGCGACUGAUGACUACUUCCGCGAUAAGCUGCGAAUGUCGCCGCGAGUGUUCCGGCAGAUCGCGGAGGCGUGUGCGCCUCAUCUUCAGCGGCAGGUGACGUUCUACAGGGAGCCUUUGCAGACGGGCCAGAUUGUGGCAUACGCACUGUACAGGUGGGCUUCAGCGAAUGGUCCGAGCGAAAAUUACUACGACAGGAAGCGCCGUUUCUCCAUCGUCGCGCAGGUCGUUGUAGACUUGGACUUGCGUGUGCUGGACAUGCACAUGGGAUACCCCGGUAGCUGCCACGACAUCAGGGUGCUGCAGUUGUCCAGCCUGUCGCUCGGCGCGGAGGAGGGGUCGUUGUUCCGCGGGCCCCCCGUCACAUUGUCGUUCGGUGUGAAGACGAACGGUUACCUUCUAGCGGACAAUGGGUACCCCCCUGCCGAAUGGAUGGUCGUCCCGUACGGCGGUAUCGAUCAGAGCGUCGAGCAGGAGCGGUUUGACAACAAGCAGAAGGUGGCAAGGGGAGUGGUGGAGAGGGCGUUCGGCAGGCUGAAGGGCAUGUGGCGGCUGUUUCUCCGAACACACAAGACAAACCUGGAGACGCUCCCGCAGCAGUUCACCGCCGUCUGCAUACUGCACAACUUACUGAUCGACGCGGGGAUCCCCUUCGACGAGAAUCUGUUGUGGGAGGUCGACGGUAAUGGUGUGCGACGACGAGUGGACCUGGGGAUCGACGAGCCCCUCCAGCCUGUGUCGAUGUUUACGUCGACCCGCGAAGCCUUGGCCCUGAGGCAUGCUCUGGAGGAAAGAAUGAAACACGAAUGAGUCGUGUAUCAUUCAUGGAUGACAGCACAUGAAGAUGGCUUAAUUGCACCAAUGGGCGGA